AAAUAUAAAUGUACAGAGUUUCAAAUGAUCUGAACCGUAUAUAUAGAAUCUAUUUGUCAGAACACAUGAUUAUGGAAUAAGGCUGCGCCAGCACCGAUUACGGGAGGGGACAAAGUGUAAGAAGCUGUGACAAAUAACAUUUUUAAUUUGAGACCUGAAUGCGCACCAUAUCAUAUGGUAAUGAAAAAAAAAAACUGGCAUAUUAGGACUUUCUAUUAAUAUGAUUACGGCUCAUUUCCGAAGGACAGCUAAUCGAAAUUCCACCGCAGGGUCCCGCAAGAAACGUCGAUCACCGAGUUACAGCCAAUCAGCAUCGAGCACUGCGCUGGUCACGCCCCGGCGCUCUACCGCCCCCGGGGUUUUCCGGUCAGUGUGACGGAGGACCGAGCGCCGCGCGCCACUCUUUCCGGCACCUGAGCGUACAGAUGCGCUGUCGUAUCGAGGGGACAUCGCGCGGCUCCAGCCGGACGCCAGCUGUGGGACACGCGGAAGUUAAACUUCGUUUUUGUUUGGGUGGCGUAGCACGUACAGCCUGAGUUGCCGCGACAUUUGUGUUACGCCGGCUUGUUUUAGAGAGCCGCAAAAAGCUAAAAAUGCGUGGCUGCGGGUUCCGCUCGUUUUCGCGCUAAGAUGGCUGAGCUCUCCAGGAGGAAGCCCUAAAGCCAAGGGCGCGGGCGGCAGCCGCCGCGAACGCGUCCCCCACCGACACGACACGACACGACACGCCACGCCCUCCCCUCCCCUCGACAAGCCUCGUCGCGUCGCGCCCGACCGCCGGCUUUGCCCCGGAACUCCUGCCACCACUGCUGCGCCUGUCGCAGUUUUCAAGUCGCGGGUUCGGUCCAGCAUGGCGGCGGACGGAUGGAAGUACUGAUGACAGUCCGGAAGAUCGCCUCGAUUUGUACCAUGGGCGCCAAUGCCUCUGCUUUGGAGAAGGAGAUUGGACCGGAACAGUUUCCUGUAAAUGAACAUUACUUUGGAUUGGUUAAUUUUGGCAACACCUGCUACUGCAACUCUGUGCUGCAGGCACUGUACUUCUGCCGACCAUUCCGAGAGAAGGUGCUGGCUUACAAGGUGCAGCCGCGGCGCAAGGAGAGCCUGCUCACGUGCCUCGCUGAUCUGUUCAACAGCAUUGCCACACAGAAGAAAAAGGUGGGCGUCAUUCCGCCCAAGAAGUUCAUCUCCAGGCUGAGGAAGGAGAACGAACUCUUUGACAACUACAUGCAGCAGGAUGCACAUGAGUUCCUUAAUUACUUGCUCAACACCAUUGCUGACCUUCUUCUGGAGGAGAAGAGCCAGGAACGGCAGCAGAAUGGGAAGCUGGUGCAGAAUGGAGGUGGGGGGGGCGGAGGCAGCAGCAGCAGCAAUGCCGAGGUAGAAGAGGCUGAGAAGACUCAGCAGACCUGGGUUCACGAGAUCUUCCAGGGAACCUUGACCAAUGAGACACGGUGCCUCAACUGUGAAGCGGUCAGCAGCAAAGAUGAAGACUUUCUUGACUUGUCUGUUGAUGUAGAGCAGAACACGUCCAUUACCCACUGUCUCAGGGGUUUCAGUAACACAGAGACACUGUGCAGUGAAUACAAGUACUACUGUGAGCAGUGUCGCAGUAAGCAAGAAGCACAAAAGAGGAUGCGUGUGAAGAAGCUACCCAUGAUCUUGGCUCUGCACCUAAAGCGCUUUAAGUACAUGGACCAGCUGCACCGCUACACCAAGCUGUCCUACCGUGUGGUCUUCCCCUUGGAGCUGCGGCUCUUCAACACCUCUGGCGAUGCCACCAACCCCGACCGAAUGUAUGACUUGGUUGCUGUGGUGGUGCACUGUGGCAGUGGCCCAAAUCGUGGUCACUACAUCACCAUAGUGAAAAGCCAUGGAUUUUGGCUUCUGUUUGACGACGAUAUUGUAGAGAAAAUCGAUGCCCAGGCCAUUGAGGAGUUCUAUGGUCUCACUUCGGACAUUUCCAAGAACUCUGAGUCGGGGUACAUACUCUUCUACCAGUCCAGAGACUGAGCGUCGAGAGGCACAGAAGGGAUGGUGACACCGUGAAAGUGGAAUAAGGAGUGUUCAGGGGCCAGUGACGUGUGGACAGAGGCUCUGGAACAUCACACAGGAGCAGCUUUGGAUCGAUCUUCCACAAGGAGCUGGCGACAGCCCGAGAGAAAGCCCAUCACAGGGAAGGCCUGCAUCCCCCAGUGCUUGUCCCUAUGCAUCAGUGGUAAAGCUGCACGCCCCUUCCAGCUUUUCAAAAAGAACACAAGCAGGUUCAGCUUCAAAGACUGGCUUGUGCAGUGGCUGCAUAGGCACCUAAAUGUUUUGCAGCUGAGUGUCACUUAUAAGAAGGCACUUGUUUGUGUGUCACUACGGAUGGCAUGAAGUCCAGGGGGAGCAGGACAAGGGCUUGUAAUGGUUUAAGCGCAUUAAACAAUCUGGCACAGAUGCUACACUCAGGUGGGUAUGUGGGGAGGGGCCAGGCAUCCUUACCCUGCAUGCCUACACCCACGCACCCACGCACGCACUCAUAGUAACGCAGCAGCAAGUCUAGGUCUGCCAUAUCCUGUGGAUAUUACUGCUGUCACUCAAGAGGUUUCUAGCUGACACAGAACCACACCAUUUGGCCCCUACCAACCACAUGCAUUGUUUGGCAAGUUCAGCCAGCGGCCUCUGAUUGUGAUGCAGCAGAACCUCCGUCAUGUUUGUCCUUUGUUUUUUUUUUUUUUUUUUUUUU